CGUUAGGCUAGCCUAUAAUGUUGCAAAUCGCAACACUUUCUGUAUGUGUCGACUCCGCUGAAAGAAAGCCUGUCCAUGGUAGGUCUAUGGUGAGAAAAAGAGGGUGAAAAAAUGAGGGGCUCGGGUUCUCGGAGUUCCCUCAAUGGUAUCGUGCCGCCCCCGCCCGGCCCGCUCCCAGAGAUGGAGCACAUCAUCUCUGCCCUGGAGCGGGGGACUGUGGUCUACAAGUUCUACGUGAGGAAGAGACCCGAGAAAGGCCAACUCUCGAUCCGACGGGAGACCAGGCAGGUCAUCUGGAAGAAGGCGGUUCCAACCAGCACGGCCGGGUCUGGGAAGUUUGUCUUUGAUGGGGCCAUCGACUUGCACGAGUUAAAAGAAGUUCGGGCGACACGGUCCUCUAAAGAAUUUGACAGGUGGCAAGAUGAUACCAGACGAAAUGAUACCCAGUGGUGCUUCGUCCUCCUCUACGGGAUGGAAUUUCGCAUGAAGACGUGUUCCCUAGCGGCCCUCUCGGAGAAUGAGUGUCGCAUGUGGGUGAAGGCACUGAGGCACCUGGCCGAGGACACACGCAAGGCAUCCUAUCCGCUGCAGCUGGAGCGGUGGUUACGCAAAGAGUUCUACUCCAUGGAGAAUCCCCAUGGCACUGUGUCUGUCAAGGACCUAAAAUCAUGGCUCCAAAAGGUGAACUGCAAGCUGCCAACUUCUAAGUUGCAAGAAAUUUUCCAACUUGUAGACACGAGACGACGGGGAGAGUUGAACUUUGAUGACUUUGACAUAUUUCUGAAUCAAAUCCUUGGCGACCAAACGUGGAUACGAGAGAUCACGAAGGCCUUUGUUGGACCCAAGGGGACAUUCUCGAGCGAGUCCUCGGUGGAGGCCUAUGCAAGGGCACUCCGGAUGGGCUGCCGCUGUGUCGAACUGGACUGCUGGGAUGGACCCGAUGGGAUCCCUUACAUAUACCACGGUCACACGCUCACUACCAAGAUCAAGUUCAUGGAUGUGUUGAGGAUAAUCAAGGAACAUGCUUUUGCAGUCUCUGACUACCCUGUGAUCCUCUCCAUUGAAGACCACUGCAGCCUCCCUCAGCAGAGGCGGAUGGCUGUUGCAUUCCAGGAGGAACAUGCUUUUGCAGUCUCUGACUACCCUGUGAUCCUCUCCAUUGAAGACCACUGCAGCCUCCCUCAGCAGAGGCGGAUGGCUGUUGCAUUCCAGGAGGUGUUUGGAGAUGCCCUGUUGAAGCAUCGCUUGGAUCCUGCAUCAGGGGUCAUGCCCUCUCCUGAGAUUCUCAAGAGGAAAGUCAUCUUGAAGCACAAGAAAUUGCCAGAGAGCAGCUCACUUGAGGACACGGUGGCAGCUGUACGUGAAGAUGCCGAAGGGGAUGCCUCAAACUGGGUGAAGAAUGGUGUUUUGUACCUGGAAGACCCUGUGGAUCGACGAUGGAAUCGGCACUUUUUCGUCCUCACCCCGAGCCGCCUAUAUUACACGGUCGAGCGGGAGGAUUCUGCAGGUGAGGAUGAUGUGGAUGAUCGGGAUCGCAGCUCUGUUGUCAAAGAGUCCUGUCCCAAUGAGGAGCUUCACUUUGGAGAAAAAUGGUUUCAUGGGAGGCUCCCUGGGGGACGUGCCAACGCAGAGAAACUUCUACGUGAAUAUUCACACUUGGGUGAUGGGACGUUCCUGGUGCGAGAGAGUGAGACUUUUGUCGGGGAUUACUCUCUUUCCUUCUGGCGGCAAGGCCAGGUCAACCACUGUCGCAUCAAGAACCACCAGGAUAAUGGAAGGACCAAAUAUUACAUGAUCGACACGCUGACGUUCGACAGCCUCUACGACCUCGUCACGCAUUACCGAACUCAUCCUCUGAGAAGUCAGGAGUUCCUCAUCACGCUGAAGGAGCCGGUCCCUCAGCCGUCUCAACACGAAGGGAAAGAAUGGUAUCACAGUGCCUUGACUCGUCAGCAGGCAGAAGAAUUCCUGAAGCGAGUGCCUUACGAUGGGGCAUUCCUCGUCCGCAAGUCCGACAAGGAGCCCAAUACUUAUGCCAUAUCUUUCAGAGCUGAGGGGAAAAUCAAGCAUUGUUGCAUCAAGCAAGAAGGACGGUUGUUUGUGAUCGGGACAUCGCAGUUUGAGAGCCUUGUGGAUCUUGUGGAAUAUUAUGAGAAAAACGAUCUUUACAAGAAGAUGAAGUUGAAGUAUCCAGUGAAUGAGGAACUGGUUAGGAGGCUGAAGCUGGAACCAGAGGAGGGUGCUGUCUAUGGCCAUCCAGACCUCUACACUGACCCCAACUCCUUCACCUCCAAGGUGCAGUCCGUGGUGGUGAAAGCAUUGUAUGACUACCGGGCGCAGCGGGAAGAUGAACUCAGCUUCUGCAAGCAUGUCAUCAUCAGCAACGUGAAUAAACGGGAUGGGGGAUGGUGGCAGGGAGAUUAUGGUGGGAAGAAGCAGCACUACUUCCCUGCCAACUAUGUUGAAGAGGUGGAGAGCGGUGAAGAGAAUGGUGAAGGAGCGCUCCUUGGGAAUCUUCAGCAGGGGAGCGUGGAUAUCGUCGGGUGUGACGUCGAGAUCCUCGAUUUCCAGGCUUCUCCU